AUGAAUCCCUAUCAGCAAGGCCAAUCAGGAUACCCGCAACAGCCAUACUAUCAUAAUAUCGGAUUUACCAACACAGCCCCACAAUCUUUUGGGAAUCCAACGCCAAUGCCCGGCUUCCCAACAAUGGGAUAUCCACCAGCACAAGGUGGAGCACCGGGAUACCCUCAGGUACCUCAAGGUUAUCCCCAACAAAGUACAGGAUUUCCAAGUCACCAAACUAAUCAGGGUUAUCCUCAAGCAAAUAGUGCUCACAGACCUUCCCAGGGCUACUCACAGCCUGGGUAUCCACAAUCUGCUCAAACAGGGUAUCCCUCUGCUCAAACUGGAUACCCCUCUGCUCAAAGGGGUUUUCCCCCUGCUCAAACAGGGUAUCCACAACACACACAGCCUGGUUACCCGCAAGCCAGUCAGCAACCAACUAACCAAUACCAAGGGCAUCUGCCGCAUAGUCAGUCACAUAUGCAUAGUCAGCAAGCUUACAGUGUGACCGGAUCGGUGUCUGAAACACCGAAGUCGAAACCUACUGUAGUACCCGCCAACCCGUUCGAUCCACGCGAGGAUGCUGCAGUUCUCCGCAAGGCAAUGAAGGGCUUUGGCACAGACGAAAAGGCCAUCAUCCAUGUGCUUUCAAGACGCACGAAUGAGCAACGUCUGCGGAUCGCUUUUGAGUUUAAAACUUUAUAUGGAAAGGAUCUUGUGUCAGACUUGAAGAGUGAAACCAGCGGCAAGUUUUGA